AUGGAAUUACUAGCAAUUCAGAAGGGAUUGAACCACGUCUGGGAGAUGGGAUACAAAAGUGUUGUUUGUUACACAGACUGCAUUCAAGCAACGGAGGUGUUGGGAAUGAAUUUUGACAUCGCAAACUACUGGCAUAGGGAAGAAAUUGAAACAAUCAGAGGGUUGCUUCAGAGGAACUGGCGUGUGAUAAUAAGCCAUGUAGAUCGGGAGGACAAUCAGGUUGCUGACGCGCUUGCAAGGCUUGCUUCACAUGAGAACUGGGUUUGGAAGCUCUGGUCCCAACCACCCAUCGCUAUCAUCCCUUUGCUCUGCCAGGAUACCUUAGUUAGCUAG